AUGCCUGACAGGAACAGCAGUACAGUGAAGGAGUUUGUGUUCACAGGAUUCACUGACAGUCCAGAGUUGGCUGCCAUCUUGUUUGCAUUGUUUCUAGUCAAUUAUCUCAUCACAAUUGUGGGAAAUCUUGGGAUGCUUCUGUUAAUCAGGUCUGAUGCUCGAUUUCACACCCCCAUGUAUUUCUUCCUUAGUAAUUUGUCCUUCUUAGACAUUUGCUAUUCAACCACCAUCAGUCCCAGGCUGCUGACAGACCUUUUAAUGGAAAAGAAAGUGAUUCCUUUCAAUGAGUGUAUAGUUCAAUUCUAUUUUUAUGUAACUUUUGCCACCACUGAGUGUUACCUCCUGGCUGCUAUGGCAUAUGAUCGGUACAUGGCCAUCUGCAACCCACUCACCUACACAAUCACCAUGUCUCAGAAAGUUUGUGCUCUUCUGGUGGCUGGUUCAUACAUUGCGGGAUCUGUCAAUGCUGUGAUACACACAGGUUGCAUGACUCGUUUAUCCUUUUGUGGUCCUAAUGUCAUUGAUCAUUUUUACUGUGAAGGUCCCCCACUCUUUCAGCUUUCCUGUUCUGAUACCAGCCUCAAUGUCUUUGUCAUGUUUUCGUUUGCUAGCUUUAACCUGAUAAGCACCCAUUUGACAGUCCUUAUCUCUUACUCUUACAUUGUUGCCACUAUUUUGAGAAUCCGCUCAGCUGAGGGCAGGCAUAAAGCCUUCUCCACCUGCUCUUCCCACCUGAUGGCUGUCAUCAUCCUUUAUGGAAGCUUUAUCUUUAUGUAUCUCCAACCUAAUACGUCAAGAAAUUGA